CCCUGAGUGAAAACAGCUGAAGAGCCAGUGGAUUUCUUUUGCUUGAUUUUUAUUUUUGUGCGUCAUUCAGUGGCUGAAUGGCGUGGGACAGGUGUAAUCAGGAUUCUGUGUGGCGAGAAUUCGAGUGUGCUGCCUUGGUUGGUGAAGACCAGCCUCUCUGCCCUGACCUCCCAGAACUUGACCUAUCAGAAUUAGAUGUCAGUGACCUGGAUGCAGAUAGUUUUCUGGGUGGACUCAAAUGGUACAGUGACCAAUCAGAAAUCAUUUCCAGUCAGUAUGGCAAUGAAGCAUCAAACCUGUUUGAGAAGAUAGAUGAUGAAAAUGAGGCCAACUUGCUGGCAGUGCUCACAGAGACCCUGGACAGCAUCCCGGUGGAUGAGGACGGAUUGCCUUCCUUCGAGGCCCUGGCAGAUGGGGACGUGACCAAUGCCAGCGACCAGAGCUGUCCCUCCACGCCUGACGGCUCGCCCCCUACCCCGGAAACCGAGGAGCCAUCUCUACUGAAGAAACUCCUGCUGGCACCUGCUAACUCGCAGCUCAGCUAUAAUCAAUACACAGGUGGCAAGACACAAAACCAUGCAGCCAGCAACCACAGGAACAGACCAACACCUGCUGUCGUCAAGACGGAGAACCCCUGGACCUGCAAGCCGAGGGGCGGCUGUUCGCAGCAGAGCCGGCCAGUGAGACGCCCCUGCACCGAGCUGCUCAAGUACCUCACGUGCGGCGAGGACGACGUCCCGCACACCAAAGCCUGCGAGCCCAAGAGCGCCCGGGGAGGGGGCAGCACCGGCAGGGACAAGAGCGGAGGUGUCUGCCCGUCCUCUUCCUCGUCCUCCGCCUCGCCGUCAUCCUCCUCCACCUCCUCCUUCUCCUCUCUGUCCUCCACCUCCUCCUCCACCUCCUCCUCCUCCUCCUCCAAGAAGAAGCCGGCUCCUGCGGGGCAGCCGCCGGCGCUGUGCCAGCCCCUCCAGCCCCAGCCUCCGCAGCAGCAGACCCAGCGAGGUGAGCGCCAGGCUGGGGCCGGGUGUUGUGUGGCCGCUGUGGGUGCCGGGGAGUGGAGAGGGUGCGUUCGCGGGGCCGGCGCCGAGGGACCCGGGUCCGAACCCACGGCACCUGCUCCUCCCGUCCCCCCGGCCCGUAGGAACGGCCGCGCCAAUGCCCCCCCCACACUGGAGCGCAGGCCGUCCAGUGGAGAAGGAGGGCCGCCAGGUCCGCAGCCGGGCCUGGACGCCGGGCGCCUGGCAGCCGCUAGGUUCGUUAGGUACAUGCAUUCUUACUCUCUCCCUCCUAGAGAGAUGGGUCAGUCAGGCAGCUGUGGCCGUUGCCGUGAGGAGGGAGGCGUUUCGGCUAGCGGACGCCCGGGCGGGGCCAGGCACACGCAUUCGCAAACCGCGGCCGCCGUCCCGACAAAGGGGGAGGCAGGGCACCCUAUUCUCAGCCGGCUGCUGUUGUCCAAGCGUAAGCCCGCCCAUCGCCACGGUAACCGGCACCCAGCUGUUCUCUCCCGCACCGGCGGGGGCACCUGUACGGCAACCGCCCCCUCGGCCCCCAGAGGCAGUAGGCCUUCGGUGCGGGCCGCCGAGAGAGGUCUCAAAGAGACGUGGGCGGCAGGUCGCCGGGGCGAAAGACCGGUCAGGUGGCCCGCUCAAGAACUCCCCGCUCCUAUAGUGACCGCGGGGCACUGCGGCAGUGAGCCCGGGGCGGGGCUGCAGGCGGGCUGGCUGGAGGCCCCCGUGGAGCAGGCUGGUUGUGUUGGGGACGAUGUCGCUGAAGACGUGUUGGGCAGCCCCAUACCGUGGCCCCAGGCACCCCAGAGCCCCCUCUUCCCAGACCCUGUUAUUCCAGUAGGAGGCCUCAACCUCUCCGUCACACAAGAGCAGCACCUACACAGACAGGCACUCUGCGAGCCCCCUGACGGCUGGGUCCUUCCACUGUUAGCCAAACCAACCACCUUGCCACUUCCUUUGACCCCAGAGUCUCCAAAUGACCACAAGGGAUCACCAUUUGAGAACAAAUCCAUUGAACGCACAUUGAGUGUGGAGCUGUCUGGAACCCCAGGUUUGACACCACCGACCACGCCUCCUCACAAAGCCAGUCAAGAGAACCCUUUCAAAACAUCGAUCAAAACCAAGCUGUCCUCAUGCACCUCGUCGACCCUGGCGAAAAAAGCGCGUCUGGACGAGCCCCCCUCCUGCGCGCUGAAGAGGGGCCCCGAGCAGACUGAGCUGUACGCCCAGCUGAGCAAGGUGUCGGCCCUGCCCCCCGGGGGGCCCGAGGGGUGCCCGGGCAAGCGGGGCGCCCCACGCGCUUUCGGCGACCACGACUAUUGCCAGUUCAUGAGCACAAAACGCCACCUCUCCUCCCUGGGUCUCUCGCUCGGCUGUCUGGAAGGCAGGCCCCUGGAAUGCUGGGACGCGACCGCGCCUUCUUCCUCCUCCUCCUCCUGCUGGUCUUCCGCCCCUCCCUCUUCCUCCUGCUGCCCCUCGUUGGCGGGACAGUCGCAGGGCGUUUCCCCUGUGGAGCCCGAGCCCGCCCUGACCGGGGCCGGGCAGAACCAGGGUCACGCUCCACAGGCCGGGCCUCCGCCCGACGCUAACGCUAACGCUAACGCCGGCGAGCCCGGCAGGAGGAAGCUGCUCCGUGACCAGGAGAUCAGGGCGGAGCUCAACAAGCACUUCGGGCACCCCAAGCGGGCCGUGUACGGCGAGGAGAAGCCGGCGGGGGGGGCCGUCCCUCGGCCCGAGGAGAGGGCAUCCGGGGACGAGUGCCACUGCAAGCUGCCGGGAUACGUGCGCCCGGGCCUGCCCCUGGAGGACGGCGAGGACGAACGCGAGCGCUUCCCCUACCCCUGGGAGGGCUCCCACCUGGACCUGCUCCUCCAGGGCUCCCCGUCCUGCUCGCCGUCCAGCUGCUCGCCGUCGCGGAGCUCCGUCUCCCCUCCCUCCUCGCUCUUCUGCUCCGCUCAGCGCUUCCUCUGGCCCCGCUCCCGCUCCCGCUCCCGCUCCCGGUCCCGGUCCGCAUCCUUCCGCCGGCGGCGUUCCCACUCCCGGUCCCCCUUCUCCCGCUCCCGGUCCCGGUCUCCCGCCAGCCGCUCCGCUUCACGGUCUCCUCAGUAUGUGGACUCCAGCACGUGCAAGUCCAGAGCUCCCAAGAGUCCACACACACAAUCCGGAUCCCACUCUAGAUCCCCUUUCAGUCGCAGGCCAAGGUACGACAGCUACGAGGAAUACCAGCACGAGCGCCUGAAGAGGGAGGAGCACCGCCGCGACCACGAGAAGCGGGAGUUGGAGAGGGCCGAGCAGAGGGAGAGGCAGAGGCAAAAAGCAAUAGAGGAGAGACGGGUGGUGUAUGUGGGGAGACUGCGCUCCGACAGCACUCGAACCGAGCUCAAGAGGCGCUUUGAAGUCUUCGGCGAAAUCGAGGAGUGCGCGGUGAACCUGAGAGACGACGGGGACAAUUUUGGCUUCAUCACCUACCGAUACACUUGUGACGCCUUCGCUGCUCUUGAGAACGGACACACCUUGCGCAGGUCUAACGAGCCUCAGUUUGAGCUGUGCUUUGGUGGAAGAAAGCAGUUUUGCAAGUCAAAUUACACAGACUUGGACUCCCAUUCUGACGACUUUGAUCCGGCCUCCACUAAGAGCAAGUACGACUCCAUGGAUUUCGACAGCUUGCUCCAGGAGGCCCAGCGUAGCCUGAAAAGGUAACCAGCGUCACACCUGCCAUUGACAGAGGGGAUUCGCUAUACCUCACAGAUGUUCCUUUGACUACGAGACUAACUACCAGAAGUUUUACACUCUAUGUAUGAAAAAAGAUAAUAUAUAUCUAUAUAUAUAUAAAAAAAUAUAUAUAAAAGCAAAGUUUACAUGAACAUAGCUGCUGAGAAGCUGAAGGAAGCAGACAUUAUGAAUGGGGAUUUUCUUCCCAACAGUGCACAUUCACUCUGUGUGCUUUACCCUGUACUGUCUAAUGGAUAAUCUUCCUCGUUUGAAUACACUAGCAGAUCUUUUACUGGUGAUAACGUGCAGCUUGUUCAGUUAUUUUUGUUUGUUUGUUUGUUUGUUUGUUUGUUUGUUGUAUUUUUUUAAUCUGAUGUUUGGAUGUGGUGUUACAUUAAUAAUAAGCAUUGGGGGAAAGGCUAUAUAUGGGUGUCCAAGAUUGAUUGUUGUCUACUUUUUUGGCAAAACUGUAGUCACGUAUUUACAGAUAUUAUUAAAUGGAGUAUUUUUAUUUUGUGUACAUAUCUGACAAAGUUCUUUAUUUGUUACAGCUAUGCACUGUAAAAUGCAGCCUUCUUUUUAAAUGAUGCUGAAAUUUUCUUAAUUAAGAAUGUUGUAGUUAAAAUUACGUAAAGAAAAUACUGUACACCUACAUUUAGAUGACGUGAUAUGAUUGUAAAAAUGCAUAUGAAGAUGGGUUGUUCUUUUGGGGAGCACCUGAACAGAUUUCUUUUUUAAAGUUUAUUUUGGUGAAACAAAUGUUGUUACCCAUGUAUAGUUUAAUCUGUUUUUAAAGUUUCUCAAUCAGUGUUUUCCUUAUACAACCAAUGUAAAAUACAUUUUUAACGUCUUUUUUCAUGAUUGUAUAUAAGAACUUCCUUUUGCAUUUUUUUCUUAAUUCUAAAAUGAUCUAUAGCCAUCACUUUUUUGAGUCAGAUUACCCAUUUUCACGGUACACCAAUGAUUUGUUUCUCUCAGACCACUUCUAUGGAAAACAGACUCUUCUGUUAAACAGAACAUUAACUUUCCCUAUUUUUUUCUGAACACUAUUUAUCUAUUUAUUUGAAUUCAAAUAUUUAUACAGUCUCCAGCACAUGUGGAGCAUGUAGCACACUAUUUAUUCAAUUAUUUAAUUUUGUUAAAUCAGCGGGGAAGGUGGGUAAACAGUGAACUAAUGUUAUCAUGAAAAAGAUUUUCUAAGCCUUUCAGAAAUAAUCAAAUGAUUUAAAUAAUUAUUCAACUUUAUAAAACAUGCUGCUCCUAGUUUGUGAUUUCGUUCAAUAAAACCUGCUGUCCCCAACUAUAAAAAAUGAAAUCCCAAGUCAUGUCUCAUUUUUAUAAUUAAAUCAUCAUAAAGCAAUAAAAUUAUUUCACAGGUACUUUACUGACCUAUUCUAAUCUGUAACUAUUCCACACAUGCUUGAUUAUGUGAAUGCCAAACAAAGGUUUACAUUUUUUUCUUGAAUUUUUAAAUCUUGUAUUUGUUGUAAAAAAAAUAAUAAUAAUUUAAAAAAUAAUAAUAAUAAUAAUAUACUAUUGACUCUUCAUAAUAAGAAUUGUUUGAGAAACAUAAAUAAGAAUAAUGGAAAAAAAAAAACAACAUUAAAAAGAAGCAAUAAAUUAUUUUUCAAAAAUUGUAUUUUAGCUCAUAAUGUUGUGUGGUUUUGGACCAGACUCAUUACCCAGCUGCUCACAAAAUGUCCACUCCUGGGUCUUAGCACAGUGUAUCUUUUCCUGACUUUGGCUAUGUGAUAAUAAUAAUAAUAAUAAUAUUAAUAAUAAUAAUACAUAUUUAAACUCUGUAUUUUUGUGGGUGUGUGUGUCAGAGAGAGAGAGAGAGAGAGAGAGAGAUGCCAUAAGUUACAUUUUCUACUUAUACUCUACAGUACUUUGCCUUUGUAAGCAAAGUCAGCAUAACUCCAAAAGCAAACCAAAUUCAUAUCUAACUAUACCUAUAUGCUUAUCUGCUGUACUGAGAAAAUAAGGUAUGGCAUAUUUUUGGCUCUUCUCCAUUUGCUGCACUGUGAAGUGCAGAUACCAUGGCACCAUCAGAGUGACAUAAAAGGUAACCUUGUGAUUUCUGGUUCAAUUAAUGUCCAAUUUAUACUGAGAACCAGGUAAUGACAAUACCAGCUUAUAUCAGAGGAGGUGAAGGCUUUCAUAUUAAAGCUUGUUGUUCACAGACCAGCUGUCAAGAAGUAUGAUUGCAUAGAUGAAACCUUUUAUUUUCAACAGACAAAGUCAGUUAAAUUAAAAGACGGAAAAACUUUACCUAUAUUUAUAUCUUUCCUGUGUCUAGAGCGUGGGUAAUGGGGUCAUGUCCCAUUUGGUAGAUGUGGCUUUAAUCAUUGUAAUAUAAAAUCUGCUUUGUAAAUUGCCUAGAGUAGCAAUAUAAUAUAACUCCUGAUGAUUCUAAAUUUGAACUGCGUGGCAGACCUUUUAAUAAUGUGAAAUACAGAGGAAUAUGGCACUGCUUUAACGUUGUGGGUGAUCAUGUUUCUUUUGGAAGGACAAUACAUGGGGAUUUGUGUUGUCUGUCUGUGUCCUAUCCACGUUGCCUUCUGCCAACUCCUUACCAAUGCCUUUGUGGUUCUACCUAUUGUAUGAAUUUCUUGUGAAUUUUAUUUUUUAUGUGCAAUUCUCAUCAGCGUCACCAAGCCAAUAAAGGGAAACGUUUCA